CUUCCUUGUUAUUCCUUCAAGGACGCUCAAGCUGAUCAAAAGCUUCUCUUUUCUCCACAGAUCCAACGCGCACUUUACCUCUCUUUUUCUGAAAUUGGUAUGCUAUACAUGACUACACAUUGCAUAUCAGGAUAAUGGCUGUUCAGUCAGUUACCAAUCAAAAACUAAUGGACGAUGUUGAUGAGGAUGAUAUGCCCUUAGUUUUUAAAAGGAGGAAUGUAACAUCUAAGCAGAAUCAAGCAAAACCGGAGACGAAGAAGUCAUCAUCUCAAAAGCAAAAUGGACAAGCUGGGAGGGCAGUCUCUGAUGUGUGUUCCCCCAAUGGUCAAAGUUCCAACUUACAAAAGGGUAAGACAGUGCCCUCUACCAAGGUAUCACCAGUGAAUUCACCUACGGCAAGCCCCAAGCCUUCAACUUCAUCUGGCGAGGUUUCUCCAGCUAAGUCGCGCAUGACAAAUUUAAAAACAUCUACUUCAUUAACUGACCGAUCAAGAAAUUCAUCUCAACAGAAUGCAGCCACUGUUGUUAAGGAGGAGAAGCCAUCCAGUAAAUCUGCUGGGGAUUCCGAGGAUUCAGAAGAUGAUAAACCACUGAGCACUAGACUUUCAGCUGGAUUAUCAAAAGGAAACUCCAACCAUGUAGACAAAGUGCCGGGCAUUUACAGUGCGGGUUCAUUGUCAGUUUCGAAGCCAAAAAUUAAUAAAUGUGAAGAUUCAGAUGAUGAAAAACCUUUGUCAUCGAAGUUCCAACAUAAGUCCUAUGCAGGGGCAUCCACUAGCAAAUCCUAUGACUCUGAUGAAGGUAAACCUUUGGCCUCGAAAUUUCAGCAAAAUGGUCCCACCAGCAGGGAUAAUCAACUUAAAAAAUCUUCUAUAGUGUCGAAUAAGCGACCUCCAGGUGAGGUCAAAUCUUCAAGUCAGUCUUCAGUUAAAAAACAGAAGCUUUCUAAUUCAACUACCACAAUGAGCGGUAAGCAAGGAUCUGUGAAAGCAGAAAAAAAGACAGAUGAUGACGAUGAUGACCAUGUUCCUAUUUCCCAGAGAAUCAAGAAAUCAGCUACCCAAGGUAAUAAGUCAGCUACACAACAGAAAGUGUCAAAACUUGCGUCUUCUUCAAUGAAAAAAACAAGUAAGAAGUUCAAGAAAGUGAUUAAAAAGACAAAAUACUCGAAGUCGUCAAACGUGCCCCCUAGCUCUGGAGAAGGACAGAAAUGGACUACAUUGAUUCAUAAUGGCGUCAUUUUCCCACCUCCAUACAAGCCUCAUGGUGUUAAGAUGCUUUACAAGGGGCAGCAAGUUGAUUUAACACCUGAACAAGAGGAGGUUGCAACAAUGUUUGCGGUUAUGUUAGAUACCGAUUACAUGAGCAAACCUAAAUUUAAAGGGAAUUUUAUGGCUGACUGGAGAAAGAUAUUGGGGAAGAAUCACAUUAUUCGAAACUUGGAAGACUGUGAUUUCACCCCAAUAUAUGAGUGGCAUCAGAAGGAAAAGGAGAAGAAGAAAGAAAUGAGUUCUGAUGAGAAGAAGGCCCUAAAAGAAGAGAAACUGAAGCAAGAGGAGAAAUAUAUGUGGGCUAUCGUUGACGGUGUCAAAGAGAAGGUUGGAAACUUUAGAGUUGAGCCACCUGGUUUGUUCCGGGGACGUGGGGAGCAUCCAAAGAUGGGAAAGCUGAAAAAACGCAUCCGACCGAAUGACAUUACAAUAAAUAUUGGGAAGGAUGCUCCAAUUCCAGAAUGCCCCAUUCCUGGUGAAAGCUGGAAAGAAAUAAAGCAUGACAAUACUGUGACAUGGUUAGCCUUUUGGAAUGAUCCAAUCAAUCCAAAGUUAUUCAAAUAUGUGUUUUUGGCAGCUAGCAGUGCGUUGAAGGGGCAAAGUGACAAGGAGAAGUAUGAGAAAGCGAGGUUGUUGAAGGACUAUAUACAUGGAAUCAGAGAAACUUACACAAAGAAUUUUGCAAGUAAGGAUCCGACAAAUCGGCAAAUAGCAGUUGCAACCUAUCUUAUUGAUAAACUAGCCCUCAGGGCUGGCAAUGAGAAGGAUGAUGAUGAAGCUGAUACAGUUGGCUGCUGCACGUUGAAAGUAGAAAAUGUGGAACCAAAACCUCCUAAUAUUCUUAAGUUUGACUUCCUUGGUAAAGAUUCUAUUAGAUACCAAAAUGAGGUUGAAGUUGAAAUUCCUGUGUUCAAGGCAAUUCAACAAUUCCGAAGUGGAAAAAAAGGCGGUGACGAUCUUUUUGACAAGCUAGAUACCAGUAAACUGAAUGCUCAUCUGAAGGAACUCAUGCCUGGCCUUACAGCAAAAGUUUUCCGUACUUAUAAUGCAUCGAUCACAUUAGAUGAUAUGUUGAGUAAGAAAACCAAGGGUGGAGAUGUGGCUGAGAAAGUUGUAGUUUAUCAGCAUGCAAACAAGGAGGUUGCAAUCAUUUGCAAUCAUCAGCGUAGUGUUUCAAAGUCUCACAGUACACAAAUGUUGAGGUUGGAUGAGAAGAUAGACGAACUAAGGGGUGCUUUGGAAGAACUGAAAACAGAUUUGGGUCGGGCCAAAAAAGGGAAGCCCCCACUGAAGAGUGCUGAUGGGAAGCCGAAAAGGAAUAUGAACCCAGAAGCGUUGGAAAGGAAGAUUGCUCAAACUACUGCAAAGAUUGAGAAAAUGGAACGCGAUAAAGAGACAAAAGAGGAUCUGAAAACAGUGGCAUUGGGAACGUCAAAGAUCAACUACCUCGAUCCUAGGAUAACCGUUGCAUGGUGCAAGCGACAUGAAGUUCCCAUUGAAAAGAUCUUCAACAAGUCUCUUCUGGCAAAGUUUGCUUGGUCAAUGGAUGUUGAUCCCAGCUUCAGAUUCUAACAUUUCAAUAGUUGUUGUGCUAGUACCAUCCAAAACCUACCUCCUUUAUACUCCAGAGUUUUUUUUUUUUCCCAUCUUUUUUCUGUUUUAGGAAAUUCUUCUUGUAUUUAACGUUUAAUGAAAUUAUGGGUUACACCCGAUUUUUACUUAUUUUUUAUUAUUCUGGUCAAAGGUGUCGAGAUUUAGUCGCAAGAAUUGUUUGCUACAAACUUUCGAAUUAUUUCAAAUAGGGAUUACUAACAUCUAGUGGUCUAAAGAGAAUAAAUUUCUCCGAUAAUAUUUGAAUAAAAAACUGUCCAAGAACUAUGAAGUGUGUAUAGAAAUGAUGAGUUUAGUAAUUUUAUAGUUGAGACUUUAAUGGGG